UUAGAUCUAGAUAGAUCUAGCACUAGCACAAGUAGCCAAGUACUGUAGCAGUGUGUGUUGCUGUUGUGUUAGGCACUGUUAGCUGUUUAUUUUAAUAAUUUUAUUACUACUAGAUCUCUAGAAAAUAACUGGUAUGAAUGUAUAUAUAUAGAAUCUAGAUCUACAUCUAUUUUAGAUUCAAGUGGUUAUUAUUACAAAUACAGCAACUGGGGGCACUUGACUAAAAGAGUAGAAGAGAAUGAGUGAAUUUGAAUAUGGCUCAGAUUCAUGCUCAGAUUCAGCCAGUGAAUCAGAAAGUGAUGACAGAUCUAAGUAUACAAGCAAAAAAGGAGAGAAAAGUGCUGACAAAGAAUGUAAAGCUAAGCACAGACAUUCCAAACAUCUGUCUGAGCUUGUCAAGUCUAAACAUAGUCAGAGUCACGGGACGCUUUCUAACAAGAAGAAAUAUUCUGAUGCGUGUCACUUAUCAAAAGACUUGCACAUUGACAGAAAUUGUAAAUCAAAACAUAAACACAAGAGUGACGAGGAUCGUACCAGCAGUGAUAGUGACGAUUCAGAAACAAAAAAAUCUGAAAGCUUGAAGGGGGGUAAAAGGGAUAAAAGGAAGAAAAGUUCAAGAAGAGAAGCGGCUACAUCCACUACACCCACCAAGAAGCCGCAAGACUGUCUGGAUUUCAACUUUGAUUUUCAUAAAUAUAAAUAUUCCCUAGGGAAAAUUUUCUUUAAGGAUGUUUAUUUUUCUAAGAUAUCUGAUAAGCGUUCACAAGAACAAGAUGACUUCUGGGCCUUUGUCAGCAGAUAUCAACAGUUCCAGCGCAAGAAGGCAGAAAAAGGUGGAGUUACAGCUGAGCAUUCAUCCAGACACAAAGGUCACUUAGAACUUCCUCAAAAGUAUGACGUGAAUUACAGGAUCAAUCUGUCUUUUCUUAGCAAAGACUUUGAUAUAUUUCUAAAGAAGAAUCGCCUGGUUGAUCAUCAUCUUGAAAAAGAACUAACACGAGAGAGAAUCAUUCAGUUCCGAUCUAUAAUAAUACAUUAUCUUGAUUUUCAACAAAAACUAAAGUUUCAGAAAUUGAUAAAAAUUCGUAAAGAUCAAAGGAGUCUUCCAAUUUUUCAUUACAAAGAGAAAAUUCUAGAACUGGUGAAGCAACAUCAAGUCAUUGUUGUUGCUGGGGACACUGGAUGUGGGAAAUCUACCCAGGUUCCCCAGUACCUGAUGGAAGCUGGCUAUGACAAGAUUGCCUGUACACAGCCACGCAGAAUUGCCUGUAUCUCUCUGUCCAAACGUGUGGGAUAUGAAACUCUCAAUGAAUACGGGACUCAAGUUGCUUUCCAGGUUCGUUUUGACAAAAGCAAGACAGCUGCAACCAAGAUUCUGUUUCUCACAGAAGGUUUGCUACUGCGACAAAUGAGUUCUGAUCCACUACUGGAGAUGUACAGCGUUAUUGUUAUUGAUGAGGUACAUGAGAGACACAUCUACACAGACUUCCUGCUGGGCGUCCUCAAGUGUGUACUCAAGCAAAGAUCAGACUUGAAGCUUGUGCUCAUGUCUGCCACAAUCAACAUCAAUCUCUUCUCUCAUUACUUCCAUGAUGCACCUGUCAUCAAGGUCCCAGGCCGCCUGUACCCUAUUGAAUUAGAAUAUUGCCCCAUAAGGAAGGACGACAAGAAAGAAAGCAAACGCCUUGACCCGACUCCAUACUUGCGCAUCAUGCAGCGUAUUGAUCACAAAUACCCCAGCAGUGAACGAGGAGACCUGCUGAUAUUCCUGAGUGGGAUGUCUGAGAUCAUGGCGGUGGUGGAAGCUGCUAAAGCCUACGCCCAGCAGAUGAAGCGCUGGAUCGUCCUCCCCCUACACAGCGCGCUCUCCAUAGAGGAGCAGGACAAGGUGUUUGACUUCCCACCUGACGGGGUCAGGAAGUGCAUUGUGUCCACCAACAUAGCUGAGACCUCGGUCACCAUUGAUGGCGUCCGUUUUAUUGUGGACUCAGGGAAGGUGAAGGAGAUGAGCUUUGACCCCAAGUAUAAGAUGCAAAAGUUGCAGGAGUUUUGGAUCAGUCGUGCCAGCUCCGAGCAGAGGAAAGGUCGCGCUGGCCGUACUGGACCGGGCGUGUGUUUCCGCCUGUACGAGGAAUCAGACUACAACAUGUUUGAGGAGUACUCCACCCCUGAGCUCCAGCGUGUGCCACUAGACUCACUCAUCUUACAGAUGAUAUCCAUGGGCCUGCCUGAUGCCAGGAAAUUCCCCUUCAUUGAGCCACCAAGCAUGUCAAGCCUGGAAAAUUCCAUCCAGUUUUUGAAAGAACAAGGAGCUUUAUCAUCUGAUGAAAGCUUAACUCCCAUUGGUCAAAUGUUGGCUAUGCUACCAGUUGAUGUUGUCAUUGGAAAGAUGCUGAUAAUGGGCAGUAUUUUUAAUAUGAUUGACCCUGUUCUGUCUGUGACCGCAGCCAUGAGUGUGCAGUCCCCCUUCACAAAUCAGGCCUACACUAACCCAGAGGCACUGACAGCAAGAAGACCUCUUGAGUCAGAACAUGGAGACCCCUUCACCUUGCUGAAUGCUUUUGAUGAGUGGAUCCAGGUAAAAGCUGAGGGUCUGGGUACACGCAAGUGGUGCAGGCGUCGAGGCCUGGAGGAACAAAGAUUCUACGAGAUGAUUAAACUAAAGCGCCAGUUCAGGGACCUGCUCAAGGACCAUCACCUGUUGGACGGAGGAGAGGAGAGGCAGCAGUACAUGUCCAGUGAUGAAAGGAGGAUCAAGCAUGGGGAGAGGAAGAGGCUGGGGGAGUUGAGGAGGGAAAAAAUGAGAGAAACCAAAAGGAGGAAAAUUUUAACCCUGGAGGAUGAGGACUACACCAUCAGUGAUGAGGAAGGGGACACCACUGGAGACAUCAAAGAUUUGGAGUUUCGUUUAUCUAAUGACCUCAGUCAGCUACAGGAGACCUCCAACAAGAGCCGUAGCUUCACACUGAGGGACAUCAACCUGAUGAAGAUCAUCCUGUCCAGUGGCCUCUACCCCCAGAUGGCCAUAGCUGAUGACUGCAACACCUACAAGAGGGACACAGAGCAGGUCUUCCACACCAAGAACAAACCUUUUAUAUUGCUGCACCCAACAUGUGUGUUUGCCAGCCAUCCUGACCUUUUGACCCCUAAGUUGGCUGAUGGGAAACGACCUGCACCUAGUGAACUCAAAGGACUUUUAAGCUCCAAACAUGAGUUCCUCUCAUAUGUUUCCCUGCUAGAGACCAACAACAAACCCUACCUAGUGAACACCAUGAGAGUACCAGCCCUACAGACUGUCACGCUCUUCUCUAACUGUAUUGACACCAAUGCUGACUGUACAAGGCUAAUUUGUGAUGGCUGGCUGGAGGUCAAGUUCUCCAGCCCUGAGGUAGCAGAAGUUGUUGUGUCCAGUGUUGUCCAGCUACGCAACACCUGGCACAACCUUCUCAAGGUCAGGCUCAAAGACACAUUUGAAGGCAUAGAGGAGGAGCGCAGGGUGAGUCCCCGGGCCAGACAGCUGGAGAGGGUGCUGGCCAGCAAGUUGACAGAGUUCCUACACUCUGAUUUUGUGUACGCUGUCAGGAGAGUGCUGCCUGCUGAGAUGCAGCAUGUUUAUGUGGGACCUGGUCAUGGAUCUGGUGGAACAGACGUACUCAACAAACUGGUCAAAGGUGGAUCUGAUGGUAAAGAGCACCCAGUCAAAGGAGGAGUACAAGUGACAGAUUACCUCACUUUCUCAUGUCUACUGGAUGAAACAUCGGCCAGUAUCUGGGGAGAGUUCACCACCAGCAUGCAGCGCCACUGGACCUGUGAGAACUGUAAACAAUCCAUGUUGGUCACUGUCCUGGAGAGGCUUCAACAUGAGGCUGUCUGCUGUCCACAGGUCACACAAGCAGGAUCCCAUGUACCAGCUGUUGAAGAGAAAGAAACAGAAAAAGCCCCAAACCCCUCCCAGCGGUCAUACUUCUGCCCUGAAUGCAACCUUCACAUUCUGUUGACUGCCACAGAGAUCUUGAAGCACAGGAAAAUACACCCAGCUAAAGUGUCAAGUCUGCGCUAGGUACAGGAACUUUACCCAGCUAAAGUGUCAAGUCUGCGUUAGGUACAGGAACUUUACCCAGCUAAAGUGUCAAGUCUGCGUUAGGUACAGACACUUUACCCAGCUAAAGUGUUAGGAACAGGCACUUUACCCAGCUAAAGUGUUAGGUACAAAAACACAUGAACUUUACCUAGCUAAAGUGUUUGGUACAAAAUCACAGGCACUUUACCCAGCUAAAGUGUUAGGUACAAAAACACAUGAACUUUACCUAGCUAAAGUGUUUGGUACAAAAUCACAGGCACUUUACCCAGCUAAAGUGUUUGGUACAAAAACACAGGAACUUUACCCAGUUACAGAACAAUUAACCCUAGAAAAGUAACAAAAGAAGUAAGACAAUAAUGUACCCAAGUACAUGCCCUUCUGUCACACUGGGCUGUUUAAAAUGUUUCUCUGAUCUAGUUGUUACUUUUGUUAUCACAUUUCACUGACUGUAAAAAGAUUGUAAAUAAAAUGGUAUUCA